UCUGAUUCAUUAUCACUAAAUUUCCAAAACUCAAAGCGUACAAAAACCGAAAGAAUAAAUAAAAAUAUUGACUACAACAAAAGUAUAUCACAAACAGACCAAAAAAUAGCUGAAAGUUCCUCUAAAAAAACAAUUAAUGAGGAACAUGAAGAAAAUGAAAAUCAAAAUCAAGCCAAAACACGUUAUAAUCAUGGUAGAAAAAAUAAAAGUAAAGAACGAAAAACAUACAAUACUAGGCAAAUACGCAGUUCUAAAGUUAUAAGCAUUACAACUAAUGAUGAACAUGAUAAAGAAUAA